UUUAUAUAUAUGUGAAAAGCCAGGCAAAAGGCUACACACAUUCAUUCUUCUUGUCCCUGAACUUGAGGGAGAGAAAUUCAGUGUCUCAUUUUAUAGUUGACAACUUUGCAUAUAGUGUGUGGAUCAUAUUUCAGUGUCAAAACUAUGAGUCUUCGAGUAGCCGAUGGUGUAGUUGAUUCGGACCACGCUCAUGGUGUAGUUGACUCGGACCAUGCUCGUCUCCAUGAGCUAGGAUACAAACAAGAACUCAACCGCGAUCUCUCGAUGCUAUCGAACUUCGCUAUAUCAUUCUCUAUUGUAUCAGUAUUAACCGGAUUAAACGGACUAAUGGGCACUGGGUUAAAUUUUGGUGGACCUAUAUCAUAUAUUUAUGGAUGGCCAAUUGCUGGUACGUUCACUAUGUUAAUUGGAUUAUCAAUGGCUGAGAUUUGUUCUUCUUAUCCUACUUCUGGAGGUCUUUAUUAUUGGAGUGCUAAGCUUGCUGGUCCAAGCUGGGGUCCUUUUGCAUCCUGGAUCACUGGCUGGUUCAACAUUGUUGGUCAGUGGGCUCUCACAACAAGUAUAGAUUUUUCACUGGCACAGUUAGUUCAGGUGAUGAUUCUCCUUAGCACUGGUGGAUUAAAUGGAGGCGGAUAUAUGAUCUCUAAAUAUGUCGUUAUGGCUCUCCACGGCGUAUUUCUACUAAUACAUGCUAUAUUAAAUAGUCUUCCUAUCUCAAUGCUGUCUUUCCUUGGACAAAUAGGCGUUGCCUGCAAUUUCUUCGGUUGCUUUCUCAUGAUUGUAAUUCCCGUGGUUGCAACUGAAAGAGCCAGUCCUGAGUUUGUGUUUACAAACUUCAACACUGAGAAUCAGGACGGUAUAAACAAUUAUUUCUACAUUUUUGUCCUCGGACUUCUUAUGAGCCAGUAUACAUUGACAGGUUAUGAUGCUUCCGCCUAUAUGUCGGAGGAAACUAAAGACGCAGAUAAGAACGGGCCACAAGGUAUUGUAAGUGCAAUUGGCAUAGCAGUUGUUGCAGGAUGGGUUUACGUAGUUGGUAUAACCUUUGCAGUUAGAGAUAUUUCGCAUCUUUUGAGCGAAAACAACGAUUCGGGUGGUCAUGCCAUUGCUCAAAUCUAUUAUGAGGCAUUUAUGAGUAGAUAUGGCAGUGGUGUUGGUGCUGUAAUUUGCUUAGGUAUUGCUGGUCUUGCUGUAUUCUUUGCUGGUAUGAGCUCACUAACUAGCAACUCAAGGAUUGCUUAUGCACUCUCCAGAGAUGGAGCAAUGCCAUUUUCGUCGCAGUUGCAUAAAGUGAACAAACAAGAUGUUCCUAUAAAUGCAGUCUGGAUGUCAGCCCUUGUAGCAUUUUGCAUGGCAUUAACGUCUCUUGGAAGCUUGGUAGCAUUUCAAGCCAUGACAUCAAUAGCAACAAUUGGGCUUUAUGUUGCUUAUGCUAUACCUGUCUUAUUAAGGUUAACUCUAGGUCGAAAAAUGUUCACUCGAGGGCGAUUUACCUUGGGAUGAUACAGGACUAUUAUAGGUUGGAUAUCUGUAUUUUAGGUUGCACUCAUCUCUGUGCUCUUCUCUUUGCCUGUUUCCUAUCCUAUAACAGAUCAAACUUUCAAUUACACUCCUGUCGCAGUCGGAGGCGUUCUCAUUCUCGUCGUUUCUACGUGGAUAUUCAGUGGUAGACAUUGGUGUAAAGGUCCUAUUAAGAAUAUUGACGAUAGUUCUAAGGAAGAAGCAUAAGAGGGCGAAAUUUUUGUAUUAAAAUAUUGUUGAAGUGUAUAUUGUAUUUAAUUCCGACAUUCUCCCUUGUCUUU